GUUUAAUUCACUUCCACUUCCUUGCGCGGAAUAUUUGCGCAAAGAGUCUUUUCGCUAACAUUAUCUGGAAGUGUUAGGUUACACUAUAAACAUGCAACUGUGUUUAAGAGGAACGUCCACUCAUUUUCUCGAGUGCGAGGGUUCAGAGACCAUCGGUCAAAUUAAGAACCGUAUCGCCUCAUUGGAAUCCCUGAAUGCAACUGAAAUCAGCCUAUAUGCCUCAGGAGUUCCUGUAACCGAUGAGCAGUUAGUCUCUGAUUUUGAAAACAAUGACAUUGAAUUGACUGUUGGUUUGCCUGGUGGUAAAGUACACGGUUCUUUAGCUCGUGCUGGUAAAGUAAAAGGGCAAACGCCAAAAGUGGAAAAACAGGAAAAGAAAAAGAAGAAGACCGGCAGAGCAAAGAGACGUAUCCAAUACAACAGGAGGUUCGUUAACGUUGUAGCAUCAUUCGGACGCAGAAGAGGCCCGAACUCUAACUCUGCUCCAGCUUCUUAAGUAUAUUUUGUAAAUUUAACUUGCAACGAUGCCUUGCAUUAAAUAAAAUCUUUUCCAAUUAAUUUU